AUGAGUGGGCUACCCGCAAACAGGUUCUCCACAAUUGUUUUUCUCGAUACAGAGACCACUGGACUGCCUAGUGAUGGUAUUCGCCCUCGUAUAACAGAACUAGCCUUGGUUGCUGUGAGUCGGUCCGAGAUGGUGUUUGGCGAUUGUACUCCGCGGGUACUGAACAAACUUGUCUUUUGUUUCAAUCCCAUGGCCAAGAUACCGUCGGCGGCGUCUGCCAUAUCUGGCUUAAAUAACAGGAAUCUGUAUAACCAGAAAGAUUUUGAUGACUUGGCCGUUCAGCAGGUGCGACUCUUUUUCCUCCGUCUCCAUCCACCUUUAUGCGUAGUCGCUCAAAAUGGUUACAAUUUUGACUUUCCUCUUUUGAACGCAGAGAUAUUCCGUGUUAUGACGCGGUCAUAUGGGUUCAUUGAUUGCAAGGGAGAACCCGUGUAUUGUACCGAUUCCUUGCAGCUAUUUAGGCAUUUUUCUGACAAAAUAACGCCUGUUAGCGAUGGUGCUCCUGAUGCGACGAAAGCAGUAGUUGGGAUCGGGUCUCUUUUGGAUAAUUUGGGAUCAGUGCAACCGAGGGGCCGGUUUUCCCUCGCCUCUGUCUACAAAAGUGUUUUUGGUGCCGUUCACGAUGGGGCUCAUACAGCUGAGGGGGACUGUAUUGCUUUAAUGAAGCUCGUGCACUUCAUUGGAGAAUGUGCUCUCUCUUGGAUUGAUAGCAACUACCGAGUUCUUUCAAGCGUUAGAAAAAUGUACGUUUCUGACGAGGCGGAUGGUCUUCCUCUACCAAGUGGCCAGUUUCCUUGUGAAGUUAGUCUUGCUUCAUAUGUUCGCCUCGACUGA